AGGUGCAUUUUCGUGACUUCCAUUUUCCUCUACUUGUAGUUUUUCAGCUGGAACAGGUGUUGUUGCCAGGUUAUGUUUGUCUCACAUCUUUAUCCCUCUGACUGAACACCUGACAUCUGUUGACGCAGACAAAUCUGUGACUGGCCAUCGGUGAUAUUCGAGAUGGGGACAAGCAGAAACAGUAGCCGUCAUCAUGCAGUGUCAUAUUUUCGUGAUACCAUGUUCAAGUAAACCGAAGUAACGAUGUUUAUUAUCAGGUGCUUGCCUGGCGGUUUAACAUAUUCCAUUUAUGGUCACCAUGACGACCAGUGAGGGGUCGACAACGGUGCGAAAACAUGCCAGAGUGUCCAGCCUUGACCAAUUGGCACUUGACCGCAUGGCACAGUCUGGUGCAAAACCCGAUGCCAACGGGACAGCACAGAAAGUCAGCAAAUCUAUGUUUAACUUGAGAACUGCUGCCAGCUCGGAUGAAGACAAAAAGACAGGGGAAAUCACGAGGAGAAGUUGUGCGUAAGCGCCCACCCAGUGGACGCAAAACGGGCAUCCAUGACGGCAACUUGUACCUGACCCGUGACCUUGAGAGUGGGGAGGAAGAGGUUGUGGUUUGUAAUCAAGGAAACAGUGGAAAUGUCGGGCAGCUGGUGUCAACGCAGGUCAGGGACGGAGGCAGGAAGUCGCCAUUGCCGCCACGCCUGUUACUUGUGUCGAGUAAGAUUCGAAACAGUGCCAUGUUGCGCAGUGCCUUACAACAGAAUGUCAUCUGCGUCCAGUAUAGAUACGACAGCUCAAGUCUGGAGGAAAUACUACGGCUUGUGGAGAAAGGCUUAGGACAGACAAGUGUGACGAGCGUUGGUUUUGUCCUCAGCUGCUCUGGAUCAAGUAUUCUUCUUUGUGGCAAAGAUGAAAAGGCAUUAACUCGCGAGAGUGUGCAGGAAAACCGUCCAAUCCAUGACUUUCUACAAUCCCUUCUGACCAAUCACAUCGAGGCUGACAGUCCACUGAGACGCCUCGACUUCCUGGCUUGCCAUGCUGCCCAAACAAAUGAAGGACGACAGAUUGCCAAGGAGAUACAGAGUGUUUUUAAUAUUCCUGUUGGCAUUUCAAGAGAAAUUGAGGGUGGAGAUAUUUGUGUAGAGAUAUGUGAUGGUGAUGGGUUAAAAUACACAGUUCCCGCAGGUAGCCUGUAUUUUCACGUGGAGAAGGUCAGAGGUUGGGGAGGUCAUUACCAGCAGUCUUUGGCUGGGUUUGAGAAGAUACGCACUGUAGGGAAAGGUGCAUACGGAGCUGCUGUUUUGUACAGAAAGAAAGACGAUGAUUCUUUGGUGAUCCUUAAAGAAAUCAAUAUGCAUGAUUUGAACGCUGCGGAGAGAAACCUGGCCCUUAACGAGGUCCGAGUGUUGGCCAUGUUGGACCAUCCUAACAUCAUCAGUUACUACGACAGUUUUGAGGAAGACGGUGUCAUCAUGAUUGAAAUGGAGUACGCGGAUGGAGGAACCAUGAGUCAGUUUUUGGCUCAGCAGGAGAGACCGCUAGAAGAGAAGGAAGUUUUGGGGAUGUUUCAGCAGAUUGUGGCUGCUAUCAGACAUGUCCAUGAACACAACAUCUUGCACAGGGAUUUGAAAACAGCCAACAUUUUUCUUACAAAAGAAGGUGUGGUCAAAGUGGGCGAUUUUGGGAUAUCAAAGAUGUUGUCAACAUCAAACAAGGGAGCGAACACAGUCCUGGGGACACCAUAUUACAUCAGUCCUGAAAUGUGUGAAGGGAAGGCCUACAAUGACCGCUCGGACAUCUGGGCCUUGGGAUGUAUCCUCUAUGAGAUUGCCUGUCUGCAGAAAACCUUUGAGGGUUCAAAUCUACCGGCCCUAGUCAACAAAAUCAUGAAGGGUCAGUUUGCACCAGUCAAGGGUAACUACAGUCAGGAGCUCAAACAGUUGAUCGCUGACAUGCUGCUUCAGAAACCAGAAGACCGACCAUCAGCCAAUGAGAUUCUUUAUCAGAGACUUCCUGAGAUGAUGUGUCGUUUUGAGGAAGCUACCUCUGACAUUGAGGAUGAGUUGAUGUCCUCAGCCGAAAGUGUUGUGAAGAAGAAACGAGUCAGAUCUGUGUUGUAUUACCUGGCCACAUCCAACCUGAACUUGUCCCCUAUAGAACUGCCCUCGCGGCUGAAAAUCCGACAGGUGGGUGUGGGUGCUGAUCAUGUGAUUGUGGUUACCAUGGAGAGGCAGGUGUACACUUGGGGUGAAGGGUCAAGAGGUCAGCUAGGUCAUGGGGAUGAAGAGUCCAGACACAAACCUCAGCUUGUUGACACGCUCAAGGGCAAAUCAAUCUGUCGAGCAUGUUGUGGCGAUGGGUUCAGUGUGUUUGGCAGUGAUAACGGAAUCGUUAUGACGUGUGGGGACGGAAUCAGUGGUUGCCUUGGACACGGAGACUGGUGUUGUGCAUUAAGGCCUCGCCUCAUUGAGCCCCUCCUUAGUGUGGAUGUGAUAUCACUGGCCUGUGGACCUCACCAUGUGGCUGUAGCAGGCAGUGCUGGGGAAAUAUUCACAUGGGGACGAGGUGCAGACGGGCGCCUGGGAUUGGGGACGGAAGAAAACCACUGUCAACCUGUAGAAGUAAUAGCCUUGGAGGACUUGACCGUAUUAGUCCGCGAGGUGUACUGUGGCCUGGAUGGGACUAUGUUUCUGACCGAUGUGGGCAGUGUGUAUGCCUGCGGUAACAACGAACACAACAAACUAGGCUUGAACAACAGACAGGGAUUUCUCAUGGCCAUGAAAAACAUUUUUACCAAGACAGAGGUAGAGGGUAAGAAGAUACCAACCCCUGUGAGAGCUUUAGGUCGACACCGUGUCAUCGACGUGUCUAUGGGCCCUAACCACAGUGCUGUCCUUGUUGAGCCCGGCCACGUGUACACAUUCGGCAGUAACACGGAGGCCCAGCUGGGUACAGGGAACACGAAACCCUCCAACGCACCCACGGAGGUCAAGUUUCUGUCCAACUCCACCGUCAAUCGUGUCCAAUGUGGGGAGUUCUACACUGCAGCCAGCACAACCAUUGAUGAGUUAUACUUGUGGGGACUUCGCUACACUACCCCACUCACAGACCCCGGGGAUUCUCUUAGCAGCACAGGGGGGAACCUCACCUCCCGAGGAGGGGAGGAGGAGGUGAGAGCAGAGAGUGUUACUCCACGUAAGGGAGAACACUGCAGACACCCCAGCAACACCAGCAUUGUCAGCGGAGAGUGCCCUGCUGUGGCUCCAGAAGGUCAGUCUUCAGGUGACACGCCCAAGUGUGACAAGGGGAGAGCACUCAGUCCAGACAGACAAGUCAGCCAGGACAGUGUCUUCUCACCAACAGCAGGAAAUGGUGGAGAAAAUGGCCUGACACAAAGUUUACCCCCUGAUGCUUCAGCCGGCUUCAGACCUUUAGGCAGCGCUCCUAAGAGGUCAUUGAGUGCAGGCAGCACAGGUAAAGAGAGGGAAAAGGAGAAGGACCGGGACAUGGUUCCUGAAGGAGCAGAGAGAAUUCUUCAUCCUACACUUAUCCUCAGAGAAUUCUUCAUCCUACACUCAUCCUCAGUUUUUUACUGUCACGGUGAAAACAUUAUGGUUCAAGUGGAGACAACUGCGCCGCCUCCAGCCCGCAGGAAAUCCAGAAAGAAGCGCAGUUUUAGGAAGCGUUUCAGUCGAAACCUGAUGGUGCCUGCAGAUACUGUCCAGCAUUCAGCCUCCAGCAGGGAAGGGGGUGAUGAAUAUUCAUCAGAGGCCUCAGAGAUGGAUUCUCAAGGACCGUUACCUCUAUGGCUGAAAGAAGAACUUGCCAAUGUAGAUGAUUAUGAUGAUGUUAACGAUGGGAACGAGGCCGAUGAUACGAGCGAUGUGUCCGGUGAUGAACUACCUGUACGCCAGUGUCUGGUUGACUCAUCCGUGUCCAGUAUCCAUGUCAACAGAGAGCUUAAAACAGGACAAGUAAAACACAACAAGAAGGUCAGCCCGAGGAAGGAAAGGUCAAAAAUCGUUUCCAUAACAACUGCUGCUAAGGCCAACACCGAAACCUCUUCAGGCAGGGGGAGAUCACUCUCGAUGAAUAGUGGCGGGAGUGCAGACCAGGAGAUGCUGUCUAGUAGCAGUAGUAGUGAGGUGCUUGUUUCAGGGAUUAGAGCUGGAUCAAAUCCACAAAAGGCCUCUGGGAUACCUGUGAGGAAAGUAACAACAACAACGCCUCGUAAAAUAACUGCUGAGUCACAGUUCAAAAAGGUCAGCAGUGGGAAUAGCCAGAAACCAUUGUCUAGGAUACGUGCCAUGGGCAGGGGAAGAGGAAGAGUUUCUGUGCCAGACCAGCCCCUGAAGGAGCAGCUGACAGCACGUGGGUUUGUCUCUGAUGUGACAGUCCGCAGGCGAGAGGAGACUCUGCAGAACGAACUCGAGAAAAUCAAACAAGAAAAAUCAAAAUCUGAGGAAAAAAUCAAAGAAAUGGAAAGGCUGCACCAAAAAGAGCAGGAACACUUCCGACAAGUGGCCUUACAACAAGCUCAGGAGCGAGAAGAACGGUUGAAUUUAGAAAUCGAAAAGUUAAGAAGAGAAUUACAAAAUCAGAGUCAUCAAUUACAGAAUAACCAAAAAGUCGUUGCUGGACUCCAGGAACAGUUGUCUCGGUUCGAGCUAGAACAACAACGACAAGUCAAUUCUCAGAAGAAUCUCCAUAGCAACAUGUCCUCUCCUAGACAAUCAGUCACGAGGGAUAGUAAAGUCUGUGUCAUACAGUGAUAUGGAAACUGACUGCUGUUUAAACUGCUGAAGAGCUGUGAUCAAUAAGCAUUGUGAUAAGAGCAUAAACAAUGUUGAACCUUUAACAGAAUGCUACCUGUUAAGUACAAAAUCAGAGAGGAAAAUGACAAAGUCAAUCUUCAGGAGAUGCAGUAUUUUACGUGCUGUGAAUUUGAAUUCGUUGUGAAUUCUUUUUGAAUUUGUUUACCUUUUCAUAUGGAUAUUUUUAGUCAUUUUGGCGAAUUGGGUGCAAAUUUGAAGUUGGAAAAAUAAGAGGCUUGAACUAAUGACUUAUAAAAGUUUAUUUAUGUUCUGUACAGGUAGUCUACAAAUGUUAUGUGACAUUUUUUUAAAAUUAACUCCUCAUGGGAUAGCCUCUCAUGUAGGGUUCUGUUAAAUCUGGUGCGGAGUCUCUGUGGCUCGGUUAGCGCGCCAGCGCAGCGAAAUGACCCAGGAGCCUCUCACCAGUGCUGUCGCUGUGAGUUCAAGACCAUCUCAUGCUGGCUUACUCUCUGGUUGUACGAGGGAAGAUCUGCCAGCAACCUGUGGAUGGUCAUGAGCUUCCCCGGGGCUCUGCCUGGUUUCCCCCCACCAUAAUGCUGGCCACCGUCGUAUAAGUGAAAUAUUCUUGAGUACGGCGUAAAACAUUAAUCAAAUAAAUAAAUAAAUCUGGUGUGAAUUGAUAUUUAAAAAUAUAAAUAUCAUCAUAUCAAUAUAUAUGACAUUAUUUGACAGUUGUGUGCCUCUAGUAUCUUACAACCUCUUCUACAUGUACUCAUUAUAAGAAAACGAGGUAUGAAAAGAGACU